CCUUGAAACAGUACGAAGCCGGUGUCCCAGCGGCCACAGCGACAGGGUGAAAGUCGGUUCAUGGAGCGUGCAGCAUGCUUGAUACACAAGGAAGGGAAACAUAAAAAAUCAGGAAAACAUGUCGAUUCACAUACAUGGUGAAGCUCAGGGCAAGGUCGAAAGAAUUUGGACAAACACAAAUUCGUAGCACCACUUUUCAUCCGCCCAAGUCAUGGAGCGCAAGCGAUUUCAAGGCGAGCUGACUGAUCCAGCUCCGCUGGCCCAGCCUCUGCACUUCGAAUUCAGUGGCAGAACAGCCAGGAACCGACUGCACAAGUCUCCCAUCACGGAGCGACUCUCCACAUGGCACCCGACCGACUUGCCCAAGCGUGGUAUCCCCACCAAAGAGCUCGUUCAUGUCUAUCGCCGCUGGGGCGAAGGCGGCUUCGGCCUCAUGGCCACGGGAAACGUCAUGAUCGAGUACGACCACCUCGAGGCCGCCGGCAACCCCAUCAUUCCCCGGGAGGCGCCCUUCUCAGGCGAGCGCUUCGAAGCGUUUCAGGAGGUUGCCGAGGCAGGCAAGAAGAAUGGUGCCCUCAUCGUGGCCCAACUAUCCCAUCCGGGCCGUCAAGUUCCGUCCGAGAUCCAGCCAUAUCCCCUAAGCGCUAGUGAUGUCCAGAUAGAGGGCACUGUCAUGGGUAUGACGUUCGGCAAGCCCAGAGCCAUGAAUAAGCAGGAUAUCGAGAAGGUGGUGGAUGGCUUCGCUCACGCUGCCGAGUAUUGUUACAAAGCCGGCUUUGACGGCGUUGAAAUCCAUGCGGCACACGGCUAUCUUCUGGCGCAAUUCCUAGCCUUGACCACAAACAAACGGACCGAUGAGUAUGGCGGCCCGCUAUCAAACCGGGCUCGUAUCAUCUUCGAAAUCGCUGAUGCGAUCCGUGCCCGUGUUCCGAAGAAGUCCUUCAUCUUGGGUAUCAAGAUCAACAGCGUAGAGUUCCAGUCUGGUGGUAUCGCUCCAGAGGACUGCAAAUGGAUUUGCGUCGAGCUGGAAAGACAUGGGCUAGACUUUGUCGAAUUGUCCGGUGGCACGUAUGAAGCUAUCGCUUUUUCGCACAAGCGGGAGUCUUCGAGAAAGCGAGAGGCUUAUUUUCUCGAAUUCGCCGACAUGAUUGUCCCCGAAUUGAAGCGGACCAAGGCGUACGUGACGGGCGGGCUUCGCACCGUCAGCGGUAUGGUCAAGGCCCUGGAUACGGUCCACGGCAUCGGCUUGGCCAGGCCGAUAUGCAACGAGUUCGAUCUGCCCCACAAGAUCCUCUCGGGGCAGGUCCAAGGUGCCCUUGAUUGUCUGCUUGACGAGCAAGACUACCUCCUGACUGAUGUCGCCGCGGGAACACAGGUUCGAAUUGUGGGGAAAGACAAAGCACCUCUGGACUUCACCCAAGAGAAGUACCUGAAUGUGUUCCAGGAGGCAAUGCAGAAGUGGAUGCAGGAGAAGGCUGAAGACACAGAUGGGUCCACGUUUGGCUGGGUCGAUAUUGACGAUGAGAAGUUGCAACCUUAUGGGAAACCUUACUCUGUGCCUCAAUUAGAUGGACUGCAGGCCUCUCUGUAGGAGCUAAAAGAGCAACCUGGAAGAUGAAAUGACGUCUAGUGUUUCCUUUCCUUCCGCUUCGGGAGGGAGGAGGGAGAGCAGCACAGCAGACUUAUCCGGGAAUAAUGCAGUCAGGUACAAAUGAAUCAUAUCUGAAUAUAGUCGUCAUCUUUCCAUGUGGUGUUCGUGUCAGUCCUGGGUCUGCAGUCUAGGUCUGUUGGUUUUCUUAGGCGAAUAGAACCUUGACUGGGGCUGUUCAGGGAUAAGUUGGGAGGUGCUUGCCG